AUGGCGAGGUCAUGGUUCAACAAAAGGUUCUUGACCUUGGCUACAUUGGCAGUCCCCUCCCUGGAUUUGGCAGUGGGGAGGCUAUGGCUAAGGGGCUUCGAGCGUGUGGAGCUGCGGUGUCCCAGGGACCUGGACCCGCGCCCGAGCUGGACGCUCGGCGAUGUGCUCGCCGAGCUUGACGCGCUGGACGCCACCCACCGCGCUGCGCCGCCCACACCCCUGAAGCAGCCGCCGGAUUGGGCUAACGGCAGCGGUACGAGGGAGAAGGCCUUUGUGAUGCGGGUUGACGAUGAUGACGAAGACGACACAGAAGAUGAAGACGAUGGUACCAGUCAUGGGAAGUCCCGGGCUCUUGUGGCCAAAGGAGCAAGGUUCUCGUGUAAUGAUCUCGAAUCAAGUGAUUCAGAGGAUGAAUUAGAUGGCCAGGUUGCCCCAUACCACUUAAUGGAGAAAAGGGACCUAGCGAAGAGCAUUCUUCUUGAGCUGGAACGCGAGCAUCAUCUAAAAGUUCAAGAAGAAGUUAGAAAUAAGCUAGCUUCAUUGGAGGUAUGCCACCAAAAUGAAAUUCAGAGAACAAUUUCUGCAUUUGCACGACUUCAGAAAUAUGCAGAAUCAAGAAAAGAGAUAGACAAAAGACUCGAUGUACACUUCCAGAGAAGAAUUGCAGAAGUACUCGAUAAACACUUAUCUAUGGUCCAAAGGGAUCAUGAACAAAAAUCCCAGAUUGUUGAACGUCGAAUAAGAGAUGAUGCAGCUCUUGAAGAAGCUAAAAGAAAAGAGCAAGCUGUCAAGGAAGAAAAGUUAAGGCAGGAAAGAGCCCGGCAAGAAGCAGAGGCUAGGCAGAAGGAAGCUGCAAAAUUAGCAGCUGAAGCACGGAAAACAUCAUUUGAGGCUGCUAAAAAGGAAGCAGCAGACAAGGAAGCAGCGGAAAAGGAGGCUGCUAAAUUGAGAGAUGCAGCAGCUUCCCAAUCUAGUCCAAAUUCCCAGAAUAAUAUUGCAGGUAUCAAAGUUUUUGCCGAUAAAUAUGCAUUAGAAGGAGAGUCACGGAGGCGUGCAUUAGUACAGAAUCAAGUGCCGGAAAACAUUCUUCUCAGCAAGGAAUUCAGCAAAUAUGACCGACAAAUUGCCAAGUCCAUAAGUAAACUUAUGCCAACUACUGACAGUGUCAGAGCAAGGGCCAGUGAGCUUAUUAAAGCUUUAGAUGGACAGGAUUGUCCCCGUACAAUCUCUUGUUGUCUAUUUGCAAACAAGAUUAUUUCAAUUGUCAAGAGUAGAAAUACAAAGGACAAAACGUUUGGAAAUUUGGCCUUUGCAUGUGGAUAUGUCAUGCUAUUAGUCACAAACCAGGUGCCAGACGCAAUGGAUUAUCUUUUAGCUGAGUUCAACAGAGUUUGCAUAUACACGGUUCCAAAGCAUCUGCAUGCUUUAAAUGCACAAGCACGAACUAGAGAUUAUUACAGGCUGAUUGGUUACCAGGAAGAAAAUGGACAACUCGAGAGCACUGAAAGUUAUCUAACAUACGUCGUUGCGUACGUCAAACUGUAUGCAGCAAUGAUUCAGACGGAAAUCAAAGGUGUACGUCAUCCUCAUGGCUUAGCUGAGGGAUGGAAAUGGCUUGCCAUGUUCCUCAAUUCUCUCCCAGCUACUACAGCCACUGCCUGUGCCCUUCACGCUUUCCUCAAGAUGGCUGGUUUUGCACUUCACAAGAAAUAUGGAUCACAGUUCAUGAAGAUCCUGGAUGUAAUAUCACGGUGCUUUUUACCAGCUUUGAAAGAACAAGGCAACAAGAUGCAGGCUGAGGCUGUCAACAAUCUACAGAAUUAUCUGAACGACAAAAUCUACCUGGAGGAACCAGAAGGGCAGUACCUCGUCCAGCAACUACUAUCCAAGGAGUUGUUCAUGUAA